AUGUCUCGGGAUUUUUAUUUGAAAAAAUAUAGAACCACAGGUAGUGACCGACGCACAAAAAAUAAAGAUCGUAGGACAGAUAUUCCUAGUGAAAGUAUUGAGAAAGACCCUCUGGUGAUAGAUUUACAAGAGCAACUACUACCCAAGCCUCCCGCUCGAAAACCAAGAAGAAAUCAGAAACAAAAGAAAGGUACACAGAGAAUUAGCCAAAGCCAAUUACCAAUUGAAGAUAUAAAAGUGGAGCCACGUAAUACUCCUUCGCCCGAGAAAAGUAAAAAUAAGACAAAAAAGAUGUCCGAAAGAGUUAAUGAAAGUGUCGGCGCUCCCGUCUCAAAUAGAUUGUUAAAAAGGGUGUUAAAAGUUAUUUCUCAAACAAAGAGAGCUAAAAACGAUAAUGCUCCAGCUACUUCUAGUAGGACUGAGGAAAUCAAAAGUAGUAUUCUUGCCUCUAAUGCAACUCAAGUUUCGGCAAAUGACUUGAUGCUUGUAUUGAAAGAUGCUGAAAAAACUUUAAAGGAUUUGAAGGAAAAUCGCAAUUAUUUAAAGAACCCGUGUUUCAAAAAUUCCACUACAACAAACUCAAAAAAAUCAGAUCGGCCACUCAACCAACAAGAGACAAGUACCCAAACCUCGCCACCAGCAAAUAAAAAUAAUAGUGAACGACCUACACUAAAAGAUAAUAAAACACGUCAAAUUCGGAAUGAACCUUUCAGAACGGAAAGGUCCUAUUCACGGAAUGUUAAUACAUACCAACAUCCACGUUCAUUACGUGAACAGUCAAACAAUACAAUUGUCCACUCACAACGGAUCAAUACUGAUCAAGCAUUCGAAACCACACCGCGAAAUUAUAAACCUUUUAAUUAUUCAGAUUCACCAAACCCUUCUGCAAGUCUACAGUUGCAACAUAUACCUCAAAAAGUAGCUCACGAAGCCAUGAAUAAAAAUAACAUCCCGACAUUGUAUCAAUCUAACCAUUUUCAAGACGUAACCAAUCUGCCAACAUCCAACCCCCAGGCAUACAAUUCCCAAAUAUACAGCCCUCAAACAUUCAAUCCCCCGCCAUACAAUUCACAACCAUACAGUCAUCAAGCAUUCAACCCCCAAACUUUUAAUAGUAAACCAUAUAAUCCACAAGGAUUCAUUCCGCAACAGUAUAAUCCCCAACAAUACAUCAUGCAAACAUUCAACCAACAGUAA